AUGGCCCCCUCAGCCGAAACCCUCCCCACCCAGGAGUCAACUCCCCAACCCACUACCACCACCAACACUCCCCAGCCCAUUCCCCACGACCCAACCCACGAAGAACACCAAUACCUGAACCUAAUCCGCCGCAUCCUCGCGGAAGGCGAGCACCGCCCGGACCGCACCGGCACCGGCACACGCUCGAUCUUCGCCCCUCCGCAGAUGCGCUUCUCUCUCUCCAAACCCUCCACCACCACCUCCGAAGAACCAUACACCCCGAUCCUCCCCCUCCUAACCACCAAACGCGUCUUCCUGCGCGCCGUCCUCGCCGAACUCCUCUGGUUCAUCUCCGGCACGACCUCCUCCGUACCCCUCAGUGACGCCGGGAUUAAAAUCUGGGACGGCAACGGCUCGCGCGAAUACCUCGACAAAGUAGGACUCUCGCACCGGGAAGUCGGCGACCUAGGGCCCGUGUACGGCUUCCAAUGGAGACAUUUCGGGGCGGAAUACGUCGACGCUAAGACAGAUUAUACCGGUCAGGGCGUGGAUCAGUUAGCCGAGGUGGUGAAGAAAUUGAAGGAGAAUCCGUUCGAUCGGAGGAUUAUCAUGUCGGCGUGGAAUCCGAAGGAUAUGAGGAUUAUGGCUCUGCCGCCUUGUCAUAUGUUUGCGCAGUUUUAUGUCAGGUUUCCGGAUGCGAAGAGGGAUGAGAGGACCGGGGUGGUUAGGGAUGGGGAGUGGGGGAAGGGCCAUUUGGAUUGUUUGUUGUAUCAGAGGAGUGCCGAUAUGGGGCUUGGGGUGCCGUUUAAUAUUGCUUCUUAUGCGUUGUUGACGCAUUUGUUGGCCCAUGCGGUUGAUAUGGUUCCCGGGACUCUGGUGCAUACCUUGGGUGAUGCUCAUGUUUAUUUGGAUCAUGUGGAGGCGUUGAAGGAGCAGAUUGAACGUGAGCCCGUGGCGUUUCCCGAGGUGAGGAUUAAGAGGGACGAUAGGGGUAGUGGGGUUGUUGAUGGGUGGAAGGAGGAGGAGUUUGAGGUCAUUGGGUAUAAGCCGCAUAAGGCGAUUAAGAUGAAGAUGAGCGUUUAG